UGGAGAGUAGGAAGCAACAGAGGGAGAAAAAGUUGAAAACAAAGAUUUGAGGGAAGAAGAGAUUAAUUCAUUAGAUUUGACAGCUGUUGAGGAGGAGCGCUUCACAGGAUUAAUUGUGCCUGAAGUGACACAUUGAUACUCAUUAUCAUGUCUGACAAACAGGCCGGGCAAUCUUCCCAAAGGAAACCAUCCACCAACAAGAACAUCAAGAAGCAGCGCACCAUCAGCAUGGUGUGCAACCUGACGAGCGGCUGGCAGCAGUGGGUGACAGAGAACGAGAAGAAGCAGGCCAGUGAACCCAGUGGCUGGGCUCCAUCUUCACUGGGAGGACCAACAGUGGAAACCAGAAAGACUUGGGUCCCAAAGAAGCUUCCUCCUGCUCAAACUAAGCCAAGAGAAGCUCCUCAAAAUGAUAUUAUCCACUCUGGAGAAGCUAAAAAGACCUCAACUCCUCACAAGGAGACCCAUGAUGCAUCCAAGACUGGGGAGGUGAACACCUCAGCUGAGCCACUGGUGGCAUCGGGCAUCAAGGUAAAGCAAGUGGUGAAGACGGUGACCGCUGGGGUUCAGGAGAAAGGUGCUGGCAUUGGGCUCCUGACCGAGAAGAUCAAGAAGGACUCUCUGCCAUCAAGUGAGGAGAUUGACAGACUUCUGAAGAAGAAAAGCUCGCCUACACGCCGUAGGAAAUGCUCUAACAUGGUGUCAUCUCUGACCAAAAGCUGGAAACAGGUGGAGAAAGAGCAGAAGGUGGGAGGAGGACCAGGAGAGGGACUCACCUGUGCUGGUAGCAAAGUGGACAGUGGACACCCUGAGGUAGAGAGGGAGAGACUGGACAUAAAGGAUGUUCAAACACAGAAGACAAGUUCUUUGAAAGAUGACUCUGAAGGAGAAUCAGAGUCAGCACUUAAGAUUAAAAGAUCCACAGUCACAAUGUACAAAAAGGAAGCUGACGAUGCCAACAAGAUCAACGCCCUCUCCAAUAAAUACAGCGCUGUGGGAAACCUCAAGAGCCGCUGGCAGAACUGGGCCUCAGAACACACCGUGAACCAGAAACUAAACCCCUUCAGUGAAUAUUUUGACUAUGAUUACUCCAUGUCGCUACGCCUCCAAAAGGGCCAAGAGGGCUACGGACGCCCCAAGGAGGGUACCCAAACGGCGGAGAGAGCCAAGCGCGCUGAGCAACACAUCCACCGCGAGAUAGAUGACAUGUGUUAUGUGAUCAGGACUAUGGCUGAUCCGGACCUGGAUGGGAAGACCCGCAUCACGUUCGGACAACUCUUUGACAGAUAUGUUCGGAUCUCCGAUAAGGUGGUAGGGAUUUUGAUGAGAGCCAGGAAACAUGGGAAGGUGGCAUUUGAAGGGGAGAUGCUGUGGCAAGGCCAGGAUGAUGGAGUGAUCAUCACUUUGCUGGUGUGAUGUUAACACCUGGGUCAAAGUUAUGCUAGAAUCCUCUCACAGCUUCUUGGCUCGCUCGGUGGAACUUGAAAUAACCUCAGUCAUUAUUAAACAGGGUUAAGAGGAGGAUUUAAAAUGCAAUUUGACCUGGGUCUCUUUACUGGACACUUGCAGUACAAUAUCAAAAGAAUGUGGAGGCGACAAAACUUCUCGGAUGAGUCGUGUGGAUUUUCCGAGGGAUAUUUUUUUUUAAUUUGUCUCUUUCUGUCAGCGUUGUGGAUGUUUGAGUUGUAGCUGUCAUGCACACAUUUUAAAAAGACUUUAAAGUUUUCAUGCAGGAUCUCUGGAGAGGUCACAUUUUAACUUAUGACUGCUUACAUUUCUAGUCAGUUGCUUGUAGAUCCUCAUAUGUGUCUCUUUUGCACCUUCUUUAUGGCUUAUAUAAAUGAGAUACUUGAUUAUGUGUUAAUGUACCAAAUCACCGGCAGCCUUGCAGUGUGGCGUAUGGCAUAGGAUUUCAAACAUGGAUUGGGUUUCAUCUCCUGAACACCAGUUAUUGAGAGUUAGAAGAAGUUGUCGGAGCUGUUGUUGUCGAAUCACACAGAGGAACAAAUGAUAGCUGUUAUUUUUAGAUAAAUGAGGCAAAUUGAAUACGCUGUUUGUAUUAAUUCUCUGACACCCUUUCAACUUAAAAUUAGAAUUAAAUGAUUUGCAAAUCUUUUUUAUGUACAUUCAAGUGAAUUCAGUACAAAGACAGACAUGUAAUGUCAUUCUUUAUUAUCCUGAAAUAUACACUCAUUCUGAAUUUGAUGCCUGUAACACGUUACACAAAAGUUUGGACAGGAGAAACAAAAGUAAAAGUUGUGUAAGCUUUAAAAAAACAAGAGAGAGAAACCUGUCUGGAACAUUCCAUAGGUAAACAGGUUCAUUGGAAAAAGGUGAUUGUAUCAUGAUUAGGGCUGACAGAUGAGCUGAGACUCAACACAACACAGUGAGAGAUUGCAAAAGUUUGAGAACAACCUUAUAUGGAUGUCACCACCUAUAAUCCAGAAUAUCAUUCAUCAAACCAACAUGGAGUGUCUGUGAUUGUAUAAAGGAUACCAGUUGGCUUAGUCAUGCAAUGAUUUGUUGCAUUCUGUGUUUCAGAAGCUAUAUUUCAUUAUUCAGUAAAUUAUAAAUACAGAUGGUCCAGUGUUCAACAAGUCAUCCACAUUUUGCCUUGUUCUUAGUUACCACCAACUCUAGAGGGGAAUAUCAGGCUCUUUAGCUGCUGAAUGAUCCACUGGUCACCGUUUCCUGCUACAGCCACAAAAAGUCAUGAGAGCAGUAAGAGUGAACUCAAAGAGAUAAACACUGAGCUGAGGAGAUCUGCAGGCGAUAGUUCUCUGAUCCAUCACUAUGACUGACCCCUGUCUCAUAUCAGCAUUUGGUACUUUGAUAUAAAAAAUAUCAAUAAUAGCUGUUUUAAACAUGAACUGUAACUAUGAUUUUUUUACCGGGUUGAUAGAAGGUGAGAGUGUUACAAAGCAUCAGUAGUUUGUUUUAAUUAUUACUCAUUACAUCACAAUUAAAGACAGACAUGAAACUCUGUAUAACUGCCAGUUCGGAUCUCUCCAUCCACAGUGAUCUGCAACCAGCAGCCAGUACCUGUACAUGUUUGUUUAUGAUCAUCAUAAUGACCUUCUGUCCGAGGUCUUCACAUUGGUCUUCAAAGAAAUACUGUAAUUUAACAACUGUAUAAGGACAUAUUUUUCUACCAAAAAAAAAAAAAAAAAAAUCAUUUUAUUUUUCUAGACAGGAUCUUACAUAUAUAUUUAAAUAAAUGUUUUCUCUGAGAAUGAUUAAUAACAUACACUACAGAUCAAAUUUACAUUACAGAUUUGUUCUGUAAUAACUAUAUCUUCUUUCUGACCCCCCUUCUGUGGUCCUCAGGCUGGUCUACAUAGAAGAACAAAAAUUAGUGAAGCUGCCGGUGUUGUCAGCCAGGCAGUAUUUCCACAUUGUGAACUACAGUGAGCCAGGAGGUGCUUGGCUCCUCUUAAUAGGACAUGUUACUGAUUAUUACUGUAUGUAUCAGAGGUGCCGACAUGAAGCAAGUAGAUCUACAGCCCCUCUGUAAUGUGUGAUGUACAGUAUGCUUUGAAACUGUUCUUAUUUAAAUCCCAUCACUGAAAUUUAAAUUUUGGCUGAUGAGAUAUUAUGUAAAUGUGACAUGGACACUUCAGCCAGAGUAGAGGCUGUGAGCAGAGCAAAGAAGACAAGAUAAAACACUCUGUUCAUGUCUGAUUAAUUUCUUGUGAUUAACAGAUACCUACAGUACACCAAAAAAGAGAAAUAGGCGUGUGUUAACAAUAAUAAUCAUUUCAGGACUGCAGCUUGUGUGGGAAAUUUAGUUUGAGGAUAUAAAACACUUGCCAAAGUUCCCAGAAUCACCUCAGCGGUACUUCCAUGACGACACCCACUCGGACUCAUACAUCUGUCAUCGCAUUUGAUGCUGAUGAUCUGCUGGCAUGGUGACUGGAUAAACAAGUUUAGGGCACUGUUUAGCUCAGUUGGUAGCGUGCCGUUUACCUCGGCAACCCAGGGUUCGAAUCUGACCUGUGGCUCUUUCCCACAUGUCAUUCCCCAUCUCUGUCUCCACGCAUUCCUGGCACUCUUAAGCUGUCUCUAUCAAAUAAAGCUCAAAAAGGCCAAAAAGAAAAUCUCUUAAUCUCUUUUAUCUUUGUUUUUCACCCAUGACAGUGAACUGUACAGGCAAAACCUGGACGCAGUCUUUGUGACGUUACCCACAGGGUUCUGCAGAGCCAAUGUGAAGCUUUGUGUGGCGGCUGUGGUCGUCUCCUGCUUCUUUGGGACAGCUGUGACUUGGAGG